ACAGAGCGAGCACUGUCACCGGGCGUGUGGUUCACCUAGCCAGACAGCUGCGUUGCAGCUUACUAACUUUGCGGCUUUUUCGAAUAAUGCACCAAAGAUGGCCGCCACACACUCCAUGCUACAAGAGCGGAUCCAGGUGGCCCAGGAGCUGCUGGAGCGUGUGGACCAGCUCUGUGCAAGGCAGGCAUGUGAUGUGGAGGGCCGGGCCAAGCUCUGUAGCAAGCUGCGGGCCGAGCUUAAGUUCCUGACCAAGGUUGAGGCAGGCAAGGUGCUCAUCAAGGAGUCCCACCUGCAGAGCACUAACCUAACUCACCUCAAGGCCGUCGUGGAGUCGGCCGAGUCCCUGGAGACGGUGGUGAGCGUGCUUCACGUGUUCGCCUACGAGGACGCCGCAGGCGCCAAGCAGACGCUGGUGGUGGACGUGGUGGCCAACGGCGGGCACACCUGGGUCAAGGCCAUCGGGCGCAAGGCCGAGGCGCUGCACAACAUCUGGCAGGGCCGAGGCCAGUACGGCGACAAGAGCGUGGUGGAGCAGGCCGAGGACUUCCUGCAGGCCAGCCGGCAGCAGCCCGUGCAGUACAGCAACCCGCACAUUAUCUUCGCCUUCUACAACGGCGUCUCCAGCCCCAUGGCGGACCGGCUGGGCGAGAUGGGCAUCUCGGUGCGAGGGGACAUCGUGGCGGUGAACUCCGUGAACGCCGAGGAGGACGAGGGCGGAGACGCGGGCGAGGGGGAGGAGUUGAACAAGGACGCGGAGGAACACUACUACGGAGAGCAGGGAGGCAAGGUGGAGGAGGAUGAGGGUGAGGACGAUAGCUUUGACGACUAUGAAUGCGAGGACGCCGACGAGGCGGACGUCGUCAAGCACACGAGAGUGGACCGUGACAAUGUGGUGGCCAGCCUGGCCUUCCCCACCGAGGUCAAGGUGGACGUGUGCCGGCGGGUCAACCUUGACAUUACGACGCUCAUCACGUACGUGUCAUCACUGAGCCAUGGCCGCUGCCACUUCACCUUCAAGGAGCAGGUGCUGACGGAGCAGGCCGCCCAGGAACGCCAGGAGAAGGUCCUCCCCCGCAUCGAGGAGUUCAUGGCGGGCAAGGAGCUGUACGCGUGCCAGUCAGCGGUGCGCGACUUCCGCGUCAUCCUGGACACGCUGGGCGGCCCCAACGAGAAGGCGCGUGCCGAGGAGCUGCUGGGCCGGCUGCGCGUGGUUCCCGACCAGCCGUCGGAGCGCACACACCGCCUCACGGCCAGCUCCAAGGUGAACCGCCGCUCGCUCAUGAUUUUUGGCACGGGCGACGCGCUGCGGGCGGUCACCAUGACGGCCAACAGUGGCUUUGUGAGGGCCGCGGCCAAUCAGGGUGUGAGGUACAGCGUCUUCAUCCACCAGCCACGUGCUUUGACCGAAGGGAAGGAGUGGAGGGCCACACCCAUUUGAGAGAGGUGGGGGUUGUUUUGCAUGGCCUUGGCUGCCCAAGUUGCUAGGUGACCAUUAUUGUUUUCAAAUUAUUAAUUUUUUGAAUACCCGGGCUCUCCACUAAUUAAGAUGAUUUGAGAGGGGGGGGUAUAAAUGGUGCUGGCUUUGGGCUCCACCAAUCCAUUGCUCUGGGCCAGGCAAACCAUACUUGCCCAAUGAGAAAAAGAGCUCACGCUACAGUGUCGAGAGGAGCGUGACCGAAAGGAAUAUUAAGGAUCACUAGAAGCC